UGGUUGCAUUUCAUAAAGCAUCGAUUGCUCUAUUUGUGCUCUUCACCUUUUUUCUUGAGAAGGGAGUUUUGGCUUGUGUUCUUGGAUGUUUCUGCAACUGUUUCGGUUUUUUGGCCAUGGGGACUCCUGGUGUGUCACAUGGUGAUGUCUAUUCUGUGUUUCUAUCUCACCAAAAGCCACAAGUGGCAGUGGGGAUAGAGAGAGAAAGUUUAAAGAAGGAUUGGAUUCUCGUGAUCCAAUGUGAGCAGAUAGAUUAAAGGGUGAAAUUUUUUUGUUUGAUCUGAUCGUUGGGUGGUGGUGCCAUAAAAGCCAAGCAUGUGCACGGGAGAUGGGGUCAGCCAAGUCAAGUCCUCUUUUGCCUUGAUAAUCCCUAUAUGCUUAUUCAAUCGGCUGGUAAAGUAGCAUAAACAAACUAAUGAUCCUCUUAAACAAGUGACGAUACGGCUAGAAAAUGAAGAUCCAAUACUCAUGCCCGGGUCGGUUCGUGGUUUGAUAGAAACUGAAAUGGUUUGGUUUCGAUUGUUAAAGCCGAAAAUCAUUAAUAAAUCGAUAAAUCUUAACAUAAUCAAAGAUUCGUUUUCAUUUUGUUUGGACCCAAAUCGAAACCUGCUUGUUAGGGGAAACAUGGGAAUGAUUGAAGAGGUGGUUCGUCAUUGCCCUGGGAAAUGGCCAAAUCGCUAAUCUGCUAAUCUACCAUCUCCGGCACCACACAACCUGCCGGCGACAGAGUCAUCCUCUCAGCCGGUCACCAGAACCCAAGUUCACCUCUAUCGUCAAACUACCCAAAUGAUCCCUCCAAGCUGACAUGAUUACAAGCCUCUCCAAUCUCCAUAGCCUUUCCUUCUUCCAGAAAAAAGGAAAAUCCAUCUCCUGUAUACAGUUAGUUGUACAUAAAACAACAGAAUCCCAUGAAAACCUCCUCAACCAAAGCAGUCCUCCCUCCCUCUCUCUUACUAUUCCCGCGGGAACCACCAGACAAAGACACUCACUUUCACGAGCUAAUUAUGGAGCACGGAAUCUGACCCUCCUCUAUGCAAUCAAAUCUUUUGUUUAUUAUAUAAUACGCUAACCCAAAUUCAGAAAAUUCCUCUCCACCAUAAGAACAGCACAACCCCACAAAUCAAAUCCAAGUGGCCUUCUCUCCACAAAAAAAAAAACCACCCUUUUAAUCUGCCUUUCCCUCUUCAAUGGCUUCCCUUUCCCGGGGAAAAAGUUGCCGUCUUUCCUCUUUUUCCCCCACUUCACAAUGAACUGUUCUUCUUCUUGUAACUUCUACUCUCUGUUUCUCCUCCCAAUCAAAAACCCAAUUCAAUAAAGAACGAAAAGCUUCCAACUUUCAAUUUUUCCUUCUGGACCUGAAAAUGCCGCCGUCGAAUUUCCCGCUCCGGUGGGAGAGCACCGGCGACCAGUGGUGGUACGCGUCCCCGAUCGACUUCGCCGCCGCCGAAGGCCACUACGACCUGGUGAGGGAGCUUCUCCACUUGGACAACAACCUCCUCAUCAAGCUCACCUCCCUCUGCCGCAUCCGCCGCCUCGAGACCGUUUGGGACGACGACGACGAGAAGAAGCCCGACUACAGAGUAGAUGUCGCCAAGUGUCGCGCCCACGUCGCCCGCAUGCUCUACACGGAGUGCGAGGUCUCCCCUGGCUACAACACCCUCGUAAGAGCUCGGUACGGCGGGUGGCUGCUCUACACGGCCGCCUCCGCCGGCGAUUUGAAAUUCGUCGACGAAUUGCUGGACAGAGACCCGUUUCUAGUGUUCGGCGAGGGAGAGUACGGCGUCACGGACAUGUUCUACGCCGCCGCGAGGGGCGGGAACUCCGAGGUUUUCAGGGUUUUGCUCCGGUGCUCUGUUUCGCCGACGGGGAAACAGGGGAACGAUGAAGAGGUGGAGAAUCAAAAAGGGGACAAGGAAUUCGAGAUGGAGAUUGUGAAUCGUGCGGUUCAUUCUGCUGCCAGAGGUGGUAAUCUGGUGAUUUUGAGGGAAUUGCUUAAGGAUUGCGGCGAUAUUUUGAGUUAUCGUGAUGAACAGGGUUCCUCUGUUUUGCAUUCUGCAGCUGGAAGAGGCCAAGUUGAGGUGGUGAAGGAGCUCAUAGCGUCCUAUCACAUCAUAACUUCCACAGACCACAACGGCAACUCGGCCCUCCACGUAGCGGCUUAUCGAGGCCACUUACCGGUUGUCGAGGCGCUAAUCGAAGAAUGUCCAUCCCUAACCUCACUCACAAACAUCCAUGGCGACACAUUCCUCCACAUGGCCGUUUCGGGGUUCAGGACGCCCGGUUUUCGGAGAAUGGACAAGCAGAUUGAGCUCAUGGAGAAGCUAAUCUCCGCUGGUGGGACUGUGAACAUCCAAGAGGUCAUCAAUGUGAAGAACAACGAUGGAAGGACGCCUCUCCACAUUGCUGUGUUUGAAAAUGUUCAAUCGAGCCUAGUCGAGCUUCUCAUGACCGUCCCCUCGAUCAAUUUGAACGUUAAAGACGCCGAUGGCAUGACACCACUCGAUCUCCUGAGGGAAAUUAGGCCGAGAUCAGCUGCUUCGGAGAUCCUGAUCAAGCAGCUGGUCUCGGCUGGAGGUGUCUCCAGCAGGAGACAUAAUAUCACCGCUAUUGCCUCUCAGCUGAGCGGCAUAGGGAUGAGCCCAGGUACCAGUUUUCGGAUCCCGGAUGGUGAGAUCUUCCUCCACACAGGUGUGGAGCAUGCAGCGGCGUCUGAUUUCAGCCGCGAGCUGGGAACCAGCGCGGAUUAUAGUUCAGCAUUGAGUCAACAAGAUGCGAGUGUAGAUGACUUGGAGAAGAAGGCAAGUAGUACUAGGCCAGGAAACAAGGUGAGUUCUGCUGCAAAGCGGCUGAAGGCACUCCUCCAAUUGCCAAAGAAGAAGAAGAAGAAAGCAAAAGAUCAGAAAGACCCUACCGUGGUGGCCAAGUUAACAGACGAUGAGGCGUCUUCCAUCGACUCCUUUCAUCUCUGCAGAAGCUACGAGGAGUGUCCAACUCCGUUGAGGAAAAAAUACUCGAAGCUCGCCUCGUUCAAUGGUAAUGGGAAUCUUCCGAGUCCUUUGACAAGGAGCAGAUUUGCAGCAGGGUUGAUGCACGGAGUUAUAAAUGCGAGGCCACAUUUCUCUGAUCAGUCGACUCCUCCGAGUCCUUUUUCCGCUGUGUCUUCAUCCGCGUGCUCACCAGCUUCUUCAAAUCGAGAUAAAAACCUGGUUAAAUCAACAACAUUCAGCUCCAAGCUGAUGAACCGCAAGCAAGGUUCGUUCAAUGCGAAGCUGAUGAACCAGUACUUGUCUUUCGGUGCACAAGGGUUGGGAGUCGAUGGUGGCGAUACGGUUAAUCGUAAACCAGGAUACGAGGAUUACACCCACCGGCGGGCUACUUGUUUAGCAGCUUGAACAAGUCUCUGAUGUAAUGUAACUCUUUGCUGCUGCGAGACACAGAAGGUCGAGGGAGAGCUACCUUCCUUUUUAGUAAUGUUCUUUCUUUUCCAGAUCAGGCAACGCAUGGCUCUCAAGGUUUUGGAAAAAGGAAGUUGUUUUUUCAUUGUUCUAAUGUACGUAUUGUACAGUACUUUUAACAUUCGUAACCAGAAAUCCUUGCAUCAAAUGCCAAUGUUUUAUUUGCAUCCCAAUUCUGCAGUUUGAUCCUGCGCUUCUUUCUUCCAUUUGGCUGAAGGUGGAUUUAUUAAAUGGGCCUUUUCCGUUUAAGAUGAAACUAGAGUUGUACCCGGCCUAUUGGCCGGGAUGUAUUUCAUUUGAAUCAUAUACUUUAAAAUAUUUUGGAUAUUUUUUUUUUAUGUUUCUAUAAUAUAUAUUAAUAAAUUAGAACUAUCUCG